GUCUCGGGGCCGCACCUCCGAACCGGUUUCGCCUCGCGGAGCCGGCAGCUUCAGGCGCUGCGGCCGCAGUCCUCGCCCCGCCGCUUCUCCCGGGCCGUAGCGGUCUCAGGUGUACCUUAGCUCGGGUCAGUGCCAUGAUCCGGCAGGAGCUCUCCACAUCCUACCAGGAGCUGAGUGAGGAGUUGGAUCAGGUGGUUGAGAACUCAGAGCGGGCGGACGAGCAGGAAAAGGAGACAGACAGAGUCCAAGGUCCAGGAGUUUUACCAGCCCUGGACAGCGAGUCGGCCUCCAGCAGCAUCCGCUUCAGCAAGGCCUGCCUGAAGAACGUCUUCUCGGUCCUGCUCAUCUUCAUCUACCUGCUGCUCAUGGCGGUGGCCGUCUUCCUGGUCUACCAGACCAUCACAGACUUCCGUGAGAAGCUCAAGCACCCUGUCAUGUCGGUGUCUUACAAAGAGGUGGAUCGCUAUGACGCCCCAGGGAUUGCUCUGUACCCGGGUCAGGCCCAGCUGCUCAGCUGCAAGCACCAUUACGAGGUCAUUCCGCCUCUGAGGAGCCCUGGCCAGCCGGGCGACAUGAACUGCACCACCCAGAGGAUCAACUACACAGACCCUUUCUCCAGCCAGACCCUGAAAUCCGCCCUGAUUGUGCAGGGGCCCCGCGAGGUGAAGAAGCGGGAGCUGGUCUUCCUCCAGUUCCGCCUGAAUGAGAGUAGCGAGGACUUCAGUGCCAUCGAUUACCUCCUCUUCUCGUCUUUCCAGGAGUUCCUGCACAGCCCAGACAGGGUGGGCUUCAUGCAGGCCUGUGAGAGCGCCUAUUCCAGCUGGAAGUUCUCCGGGGGCUUCCGCACGUGGGUCAAGAUGUCCCUGGUGAAGACGAAGGAGGAGGACGGGCGGGAGGCGGUGGAGUUCCGGCAGGAGACCAGUGUGGUUAACUACAUUGACCAGAGGCCCGCCGCCGAGAAAACUGCUCAGUUGUUUUUUGUGGUCUUUGAAUGGAAAGAUCCUUUCAUCCAGAAAGUCCAAGAUAUAAUCACCGCCAAUCCUUGGAACACAAUCGCCCUUCUCUGUGGGGCCUUCUUGGCAUUGUUUAAAGCAGCAGAGUUUGCCAAACUGAGUGUGAAAUGGAUGAUCAAAAUUAGGAAGAGAUACCUUAAAAAAAGAGGUCAGGCAGCAAACCACAUAAGCUGAGGUGACCUCGUGGUGUUCGUAGAACUGCCCCCGGUGAUGGAAGUUCUCGCCACUUCUGUUCUGGUCCACCGAGCAACUGGUGGCCCUGUGCUCACUUGAAACGAGCCUCUGCUGCGAAAAGCAGCCUGCCAGACCGCAGCUUCGACCCUGGCCCCAGAAGAGGAUGUUUAGAGCCUAAUGGAACAGAGCCAGUGGAUAACCUAAAACCUAUUUAAGUAUUUAAAUUAUUAACAAACAUUUUUGGACAUAUGAAUAGGGAUUGUGGACGAUGGAAUUAGAUAUGUAUCAGGUUUUCUGAAGGUUUGUGAAGCUGCCUUAUUUGGUUUGGUGUCUAGUUAAGCUCUAACGGGAUAAUUAAGGCUCU